UUCCAGCUCUUUUAUUUGUUUAAAAUGAAAUUCAACCCAUUUGUUUCUUCUUCUCGUCGAAAGUCUCGUAAGCGUCAUUUUAAUGCUCCGUCACACAUUCGACGUCAAAUAAUGUCUGCACCGCUGUCUAAGGAUUUGCGUAAUAAACAUAAUGUUCGCUCAAUGCCAAUAAGAAUUGAAGACGAAGUGACUGUGUUGCGUGGACAUUUUAAGGGAAACAGUGGACGUGUUAUGCGUGUCUACAGAAGCAAAUACGUCGUCCACAUUGACAAAAUUACUCGUGAAAAGGCUAAUGGAACAACUGUCCAUGUUGGUAUUCAUCCAUCCAAAGUUGUUCUUACAAAACUUAAAAUGGACAAAGAUCGUCGUGCAUUGCUUGAACGUAAAGCUGCAGGACGUGAACGUGUUACUGGUGUUUUGAAAGGGAAACAUACAGAAGAGACUAUUGAAGAAUAA